AUGGCGAAGGAAACGUGUCUUGCGCUGGUCUUUCUAUUCAUGAGUUUGCAGUGGGUCCGCAGCAGCACAGUGGACCCUCCUGAGAAAGUGACCGUAACAGACCCAGGGCACUUGGGAAGCCUCCACAUCCACUGGGGCCCCCGUCUGCAUCGCGCUCGGUGCUCCGUGCUGUAUGAAGUGCACUACUAUGACAGCUCCAGCAGCAAGUGGACUAGCAUCAGGACGUCCCUGAAUUCUGUCACGGCCCAGUUUGACCUGGCUCAAGAGGUAAAGGUCCGUGUUUACACAGUCUUCUCUGGAGAAUGUGUGGAGGGAGGCAUCACCAGAAGCCAAAACUACACUGAAGUGGUGCAAAAGCCAGACAGGAGAGGCAUUGAUUGCUUCCAGGCCGUCACAUGUGUUUACUUUAACAUGGAGCAUCUGGUUUGCCAUUGGAAGAAGAAUGCUGAGAUACCAGGAAAAGCACAAGAGAAACUGUAUUACUGGUGCGUAUAUGUUCAGGCCCUUCUGCAUACGUGGAAGGGUUGGUUGGUCGCAAAAGAUUAUAGAUGCUUAAAGCACCGACAACUGGGACAUGCAAAAGAGUGUCCACGCUACAUCACUUCUGGAGGCGAGAGAACUGGCUGUAUUUUCUCUGGAAUAGAUAUACCCACUUUUACAGACCUUAACCUGUGUGUGAACGCCUCUUCAGAGCAGCCCAUCAGAGCUCUGUAUUCCACACUGCAGAUCCAGAACCAUGUGAAGCCUGACGCACCUACACAGGUGUCCGUGGACACAGCAGCUGAGAGGCAGCUCAAAGCUCAUUGGAACAGCCCUUCAGGGAGGAUUCCUCACCACUGCCUCCUGUGGCAGCUCCAGACCAGCAGAAAUGGACGCAACACAUUCUCUCUGAUCCCUUCCUCAGAUGCUACAGUUAUGUUGCCGCUGCCAGAUUUUGAGAACAUUUGUCUGAAAGUUCGCUCCAAGCUGAAUAAGUAUUGUGCGGACAGUGGUGUGUGGAGCGACUGGAGUCCAUCUGUGUGCUACAGAGCCCGUGGUCGAGAAAAAGGAGACGUGUUUCUGCUUGUUUGA